AGGAGAGGGUUUGGGGAAAGACUCGGUCAGGAUUGUGGGGAGGAACAGAAAAAGCCUCUCAACAUCACCAUCACGCUCCACAGACCAGCAGUAUAGACGAACAGCACCACCUACAACAUCGCCGCUCCACCGGGUCCCUCUCCGCUCACCGGCACCUCGCACGCAGACCAGGCGAAGCGUUCCUGGCGCCCCCUGAGCCGACUCUGUCCGAUCAGAGAGAGAGAGAGAGAGAGAGAGAGAGAGAGAGAGAGAGAGAGAGAGAGAGAGAGAGUCGUUGUCUCUGGCAUUAUAGAGUCUCCUACCACGUACUGUAUGUUACUUUUUCCCCCUCCCGGCGACGUCCUCAGCUUAGUUGCGCUCCUGGAUUUUAAGUGCGUCUUGGCCAAGUCCGUCCCCAUCAAGCAGCAGCUCCAACCUUCCUGUCAGUCGGCCGGACCAAACAACCGGCGGACCGCUUGUUCUAUCUUUCACUUCACCCGGACAAGAUUUCAUGCGAUAUAAAGUACGGAUGCUGGAGUCUUUGAGUUGAUUGGAACAAAUAGAAAGCAGAAAAAAAGACAGAUAAAGGAAGAGCAGAAGAGUGAAGAGAGAGCCAAAGAAAGAGGAGAGAAAAGAAAGCAUACAAUUCUUUAGAAAGAGGAGAGAAAGAAAGAGACGGGGACGAUGGGGAGGAAAAAGAUUCAGAUCACGCGGAUUAUGGAUGAACGCAACAGACAGGUGACAUUUACAAAGCGAAAGUUUGGCCUGAUGAAGAAGGCGUAUGAGCUGAGUGUGCUGUGUGACUGUGAGAUUGCCCUGAUCAUCUUCAACAGCACCAACAAGCUGUUCCAGUAUGCCAGCACAGACAUGGACAAGGUCCUGCUUAAAUACACCGAGUACAACGAGCCCCAUGAGAGCAGGACCAACUCUGAUAUUGUGGAAACAUUGAGAAAGAAGGGCCUAAACGGCUGUGACAGCCCAGACCCUGAUGCAGACGACUCGGUCGGCCACAGCCCCGAGUCCGAGGACAAGUACAGGAAAAUAAACGAGGACAUUGAUCUGAUGAUCAGCAGACAGAGACUGUGUGCAUUAAGCAAGAAGGAGAACAAAGGCGGCGAAAGUCCGGAACUCGAGUCGACUCUCAUUCUCACCCCAAGCACUGAGGAGAAAUACAAACAGAUUAACGAGGAGUUUGAUCACAUGAUUAAAACUCAUAAGAUACCUCAGGCCGUGCCCCAAUCAAACUAUGACAUGUCUGUGUCCAUUCCCGUUAGCAACCAGAACAAUCUCAUUUACAGCCAUCCUGGUGGGUCUCUAGGCAACCACAACCUGUUGCCACUGGCGCACCAUGGCCUACAGAGAAACAGCAUGUCUCCCGGAGUUACACACAGACCCCCCAGUGCAGGUGGCCUCAUGGGUGCUGACCUCACCACUGGCGCUGGCACCAGUGCUGGAAAUGGAUAUGGGAACCACCGCAACUCGCCAGGUCUGCUGGUCUCUCCAGGCGGCAUGAACAAGAACAUGCAGGCUAAGUCUCCCCCGCCCAUGAACUUAGGCAUGAACAACCGCAAACCUGACCUACGUGUGCUCAUCCCCCCUGGCGCCAAAAACAACAUGCCCUCCAUCAACCAGAGAAUAAACAACUCCCAGUCUGCUCAGUCAUUGGCAACCCCAGUGGUAUCAGUAGCAACUCCCACUCUACCAGGACAAGGCAUGGGCGGUUACCCAUCUGCCAUCUCUACUUCUUAUGGUACCGAGUAUUCCCUGAAUAGUGCGGACCUGUCCUCCCUGUCUGGCUUCAACAGUGGCAGCUCCCUUCACCUCGGCUCAAUGAGCGGGUGGCAACAACAACACCUUCAGAACAUGCAGCAUUCAGCCCUCGGCCAGCUAGGAAAUUGCUCUAGCUCUCACUUAUGUCAGGGUUCAAAUCUCUCCCUGCCCUCUGCUCAAAGCCUGCACAUCAAGUCCGAACCUGUUUCUCCUCCUAGAGAUCGCACCAGCAGCACGGGGGGCUACGGUGGGGUACCACCUCCUCAGAACCCCUCGUCCCGCCAGGACUCGGGACGCUCCCCUGUUGAUAGCCUGAGCAGUUGUAGCAGCUCCCAUGAGGGCAGCGACCGCGAUGAGCACAGGAAUGAGUUCCACUCGCCUCUGGGACUGGCCCGGCCCGCCCUGGACGAGCGCGAGAGCCCCUCCAUCAAACGGGUGCGCCUGUCAGAAGGAUGGGCAACAUGAUAGCUCUGUCCACUCCCCGGCUGUGCCCCGAGUUGCCCUGAACCCCCCCGACAACGCAGCGUUACGAUGCCCCCCCCAAAGUCAGCUCCCUCCUCUUCCUCCUCUCACUCGAUAUCACGAGUCACUCACCACCCAACCCCAUGGCCUCUCUCCUUUUAUCUCUUUAACGCUGAAGGAAAGAAAAAGGGACAGCCCUUUUUCUAAAAUAUAUUUGUAAUUUCUUUUCUUUUUUUUCUUUUGCUGAGUGUGUGUGUGCUAUACAUAUUGACAUUAUAUAAACCAGUGGGGUGUUGUAAUGGGGGUUUGGGAGGGUGGGUGUUGGUUGGGACAGGAUCUGGGGGUAUGUUUGUUGGGGAACUAUGCAUAAAUUGUAUUGUGUUUGGAUAAAAAGAAUCAUGUAUGCAUAUAUCUUUACACGUGUGUGUAUGUGUACAUAUAUGCAUAUCAUCAAAUAAUCAAAAAAAUAGGCAGGUACUCUGUUUCAUAAAACGUACUUACACUUUGCCUCAGCGAUAUAUCAGUGACUAGAAAAAAUAAAUUAAAAAAAAAUAAUAACAUGAGAGUGAGUGUGUCCAAUGGAAAACACUUUAGCACUUGAGUUGGGCAAACAAUACAUGUGUACAGUGUCGGUUUCAUUGCUAUAUACCUUCUCUGCAGUUCUCCCUUGCAAAAAUGUGUGUUAACAUUAGAUGAUGUCAUGUUGCAGGUUCAACGUAUUUAUGUAAAUAGAGGGUGAAGGGGGGAAGGGCAGGGGUCAAAAGUUGCCAGACAUUACAAGAUUUAUUUACUCACGAAAUGAAAAGCUAUUAUGCAACAUUUGAAGGAUUGUACAGGUAAACGGGCAGACCCAAUGCUAGAUAUGUGGGACCUUUGAUUUUAGCGCUCCCCUUAAAGAACGGAGCCGAGCAAGGACCACCCUUUGAUCUGAGAACUACGUUAGUGUAAUCAAGAAAACUCCGGAUCUAGUAUUAAUAUUCAGUAUUAAUAAACAAAAACAAAAAAAGGAAAAAAUAAAAAACAAUUGUACGAUACACUUGCUUAUAUUUUCAUAUGAAAGGAAUACAAUGCAAAGCAUUUUUGUGGCUUUUUGUAGUUUCUAUAAGCCAGAAUGUGUUUUUGAUAGCUUUGCUAAUAAGAGAUGGAUAGUUCACCGAGAGGGGAAAUGACAGGGCUCGGCAGCCCUAAGCCAUGAAAAACAGACCGAGAUCCAAUGCUUUGCUAAACUGUUUUAUCUUUGUAGAGGUUUGUUUUUAAACGUGUAUUUCUAAUUAUAUAUAAUAAUGGUAAUAUUAAGAUUCUUAAAAAAAAAAAACAAUCUGUGAAAUUAACAUGCUUGUGUAUAGCUUUCUAAUAUAUGAAUAUAUAUACUAAUGAUUUUUUUUUCUUGGUUUCUUAGUGGAGUUUCUAUGUGCAGCUGCACAUGUUGUCUGGUUUGUUUCAUUUGAGCCCUGAACAGUGCUGUUCAGGCGUGUAUUUAGUCUAACCUUAAAAACCAGCUGGAGGUUUGUGCGACGGAGAGAAAGACAGGCCUGAAUGCUGAAACACAAACCUGUUAGUGGAAAAUGUCAUGAGACUGGAACUCGGGCUGACACGGAAACAAAUGUUGACACAUGAUGUACAUGAUUGUCACACGGAUGAGGAAACAUGACUGACCCUCAAUUCAGAUGCAUUCAGAUGUCCGGAUGCAUUUGAAUGCAUCCAAUGUUUCAUUCUCAAUCAUUUAAUUUAAUAAAGUUAAUCUCAUAAAACAUGUUUUUUUACAUUAGCGCUGUUCUCUUCCAUUUCAAAUCUUCCCCACUUGCGUUCAAGAUGUAUCACAGGCCUGGACCCAAUCCAUACCAUUUGCCCUUUGAAUCCUAUUUAUGUCAUAUCAUUUUGCGAGUGCAUUGCGAUUAAUUAUCCCUGAUGAUUUGCAAACCUAAUUUGACUCGAUGUUGUCCCGUGUCUCUUUAUGUUCCACUCUUCAAAACAGGGUUCCACAUCAUUUACCACACGCUACAUCAUGACAGCCCAGUGUCAGAUACACGGACAUAUUGAUCAUGCUGGGAUGAUAGAAGCACAAUUGUUUAUUUUAAAUAAAUAGCUGUUUUGAUUUUCUCUUUUUUAAACAAUGAAACUAGCCACAUAUCUCUCUGCCUCCCACUCCCGUAUCUGCUGUCACUUAAUAUUUUUAUGUGCAUAUUUCAUGCAGGUUCACUAUGUUGUUACUGUAUACAGUCUGUGUAGUCAAACAGGGGCAGAGCCUCUAUAAUGGUGUUCUUCUCUUUUUUUUAUUCAAUACAAAAAGGUUGAGAAAAAAAUAAACAUGAUGUUUCAGGCAGCGUUAAGUGUGGAGAAACCAAAGCCAGUGGCAUUUCUGUGUUGUAAACUCAACUUUUAUUUUCACAUUCAUUUAUGGUUUUUUGCAAGCAUUGAAACAAGAGAAUAAAAGAAUUUGCUCAAAUGUUCAAUUGGUUUCACAUUUCAAUUUGAGUCAGUCAAAUGUAGCUUUAGUAACAAUACCAACCACAGUACUGUACCUGUUUUGUUCCUCAUUUGGCUCCAUGUGUGUUGAAAAUGUUACACUCAAAAGGUAUUUUGUGUUUACAAUUGGCUCAGAAUUGACGGAAUCAUUCAGGCCGGAUGAUGUUAAAAUGCAUGCUUGCUGUGCAUUUGAUCAAAGCACACCAUACUCUAAUUAUCAGGCUUCUUAACAACUGAUUGAAACAAUGCCAACGUAUCCUUAUGGCUGAUUGAGGUGCUGUAGUUUUGACAAAAUGUUGAAGCAAAGACACAGAGAAAACUUGUCUUUAUAUCUUGUUUUUUUUCUUCUCAUGUGAUACAUUUCAAGGCGUUCUUUUUCAUCACCUGUUGAUCAGUUGUUCUGUCAUCAUUAUAAUAGACUAAUUGUCGGUACCCUGAAAAUUGACCCAAGCAGUACCUCAGCUGAUGUUUUGAUAAGUCACUUGCAGUGAAAAGGGGAGACCAUACACCUGUACAGCCAUGUGUAAUAACCAUGUAAUACCAUUGCUAAAGGUCCCCACAUUUAAACGGGAUUCCUUGUUUGUGGUUUAUUUAAGUUGUUCUCAAAAGCUGAAAAGAGUAAAUGUGUUAAAAUGCUUAAAAAGUCAGUGAGUAGUAUCACAUGUAGCUUGUAUAAACCUGAAAAUGGGAGAAGAUUGGAACUAAUGUUUUCUGGAACGCAAGAGCGGCUUUCAGCGGCAUAAGCUGGCCUUUGUCGCCACGUGAGACUAAGAUGGUAAUAAAUUAAAUCCACAUCUCUGUAACUCAAGGGACUUGAUUCAGCUGUAUGUAGUGAAAACGUAAAGGGAUGAAAUAAAAGUCUCCUCUGCUGGAGGGAAAGGCUGUUUGUAUUUUGCAGAGAUUUCAGUAAAGUUACUGGCUUUCUUAGUUA